UCGAAACCUAGCAAGAAAAGCGUCGCAAGUGUCUAGCAGUCAAUCGUCGGACUCAAAUAGUUCGGAAGAAGAUGACGUUUUUCCUACAGAUGAUUUUUAUGUCGACAAAAUGAAGACAGCACCAGCGAAUAUGAUGAAGUUACGGUAAGGAUUUUUUUAGAUGUUGAACUUAUUUAUUGGAAUAAAAAUGGAGGAAGAGAAAUCCGUAAAACUCAGAAGAGAUUCAGGGAAGUCGUAGGACAAUUCCGAACCGACUAACAUCAUCAAAAAUGGAGGAAGAUUAUAGUGGAAACGACGAAAUCGAAAGCAUGACUCGCCUCUGCUCCGACGUCCCAACGGCUUUAAUAUUAACAUCUCUAACAUCUCACGGCAACGUCUUCCCAGGAAGAAAGCGAUCUCUGAGCAUUUCAAUUUUCCCGUCUUCUAUGGG